GUAUUACCAGUCGCUAUGCGCUUACCUCUGUAUGUGAAGUGCUUUUUUGCAUUGAUUGUUACGUUGUGUCGUGCAUUCUUGCGUAGAGAAUACCGCUGGAAAAAGAUUCUACUUGAAUUGUCAAACGUGUCUGAUAGGGACAGAGAGAGGGGGAUUUAGGGGAAAAUUCAAUUUCCUUACGGCGAUGAGAUGGACGGAAGGGGCGUGAUUAUUUUUAAACAUAAUGGAUGUAAGUUCACUGGUACCAGCGGGUUUUCAAGCGGGCCAAGUGGAUCUGUGCGAGAUCCAGGCUGGUUACAAUAAAUUCUCUGAAAAUUUACGAAAAUUCACGCCGCAAGCAAUACAGUGCGCGAUCUUUUGCGGCGGUUCUAGAUGCAAAUAUGAAAACUCGAAGGCAUGGCCGCCAGUGCACAUGGCGAUACAAAACAUUUUUUCGCAUUGGGUAACAGACGACGUUCUUGCGAUGGCACGGCCGAACACCGCACAAAUAAUAAAAAAGGACAUAAUCGCACAGUUUCAAGGGUGGAGCAUAAAAACCAUAAUAAACCUGCAAACGCCUGGCGAGCAUGCAAGCUGUGGUGGUCCGCUGGAAGAAAGUGGUUUUACUUACGACCCGAAUGUCUUCAUGAAACAUGGCAUUUACUAUUACAAUUUUGCAUUGAAGGACUACGGAGAUGCGACCAUGAGCAAACUUUUGGAUAUGGUCAAGGUCGUGGCCUUUGCUGUGCAAGAGGGAAGAGUGGCAAUUCACUGUCAUGCCGGGCUGGGCAGAACUGGGGUUCUGAUCGCGUGCUACCUUAUUUACAGUCUUCGUGUGCGAGCAAACGACGCGAUACGAUUCGUACGUAUGAAACGACCAUCCGCCAUACAGACACGGGGGCAAAUACUUUGCAUCCAGGAGUUCGAGCACUUCGUGCUUCCACAGAUGAUAGUUUUUCCUUUGAGUAGCACAAUAGGCGAUCGCAAGCCUUGCAGCCUGCAAUCGCAUCUGAAAAAGCAGCACAACGUACUACACGGAUACGAGCAACGUACAUUCAAAUAUAUUCCAAAGAUUAUAUUCACAAUUUGCGAACGAAUUCUCCAAUUGUGCGACUGUCAAGAGGACAAUUCUCCCUGCGAGAUCAAGUAUAUUGUUUCUAAUACAUCUUUUGCACAGAAAUUCAUAUCUCACGUUUUGGAGAAGCUAAGAGAUAACAAGGGAAAUAUCAGACACUCUUACUCGUGGGCCGAGUCACUCGCUGAUUCUUACGACUGUUCCAGUUCUACGAAAGCGUGUGCAAGUGGCAGUCAGGCGUCUUCAAGAGGAACGUCCGAUGACAUUGGAAGGUUGAGCGACGUAUUUUGCACCUCUCCCGAUACUCCAUCUUGCGAUUCCGCUUUCCCAGUGUUAGAUGACAGCUACGUGGACGAUGUCCUCGGUGAUGGAAUCCACGGCCAGGAUCUCGUAGACAACGAUUGUUACAAGGAGAUUCAGUCUCACAUGGACUUGAAAGUUGCUGCUCAAAACGCGGCACUCGAGACAGUGAGCACCGAAGAAGCAGUUAGAGCUCUGAUCAGAGACAACGUCACUUUGUCUGACAAAACGAAAAAACGCCUCCAGGACUACCAGAUGGAUCUGAAUCACAGGUCUACGGCCUGGCAGAGACUUCCGAUGGAAACUGACUUGGAUAUUUUGUCAGGAUUGUUAUUCGAAUGGCUGGAGACGUUGAAGCAUCCUUUACUGGAUGUCGAUAGUCUCAGUUACAUUGUCGUUUGGAGUUCCAGACCUCAGAGAUGCCUGGAAAAAUUGCCUAGCUCUAACAGAUAUUUACUGGAGUAUCUUCUACGGUUUAUUAGUCGCUUGAGACCGAUGACACCGGAGUGCCAGAGCUUGAUUACGAAGAGGUUUAUGGCUGCGCUCACGCAGCAGAGUAUCUGGAUGAAGAGCGCCUUUUAUCCUUCCAGUAGAAAUUUUCAGAAGCUACGACGAGGCACAGCGGCGAAGCUGAACGAAUUUUUCAUCAGGAUGAUGAACUUGAUAGAAGAGGUGAACACGCAAGAAAUGGAGAAACCAUGGACUUCGAAAUUAGAUUUGGUGUCUGGUCAGUUGGAGGAAAUGGAGACGGAGCCAGUGGAUGAAACAUCUAAUUAGAUUUUUAUGAUAAGGAGAAGAAUAGAGUGUCCAAAAUUCUGUUUAAGAUGGUAGAACACUGUCUCUAGCAGUCGGUUUAUGAUAUUUAUUUUUACAAUGUUCUAUGAUUAAUUGUACAAACUACUCGAAUAAAGGAAAUUAUUUUAGUAGUAACAAGCAUCU